GGCAACGCCGUGCAAAUUCAUUAAAAAAAUGCAAGCCAAUUUGUUUUGUUAUUUUAUUGCAUCCGAAUUACACGGCCUAUUUGUUCACAAUUAAUUAUUUCCAGCUUGUGACGGUGUGUUUGGUGUGGUGUUUAUUUAAUAUUUAAAGUGAUGGGGCUGGUAAGGGGGGCAACGCCUCCCUAUUUCCACCCUUUUGAUAAUCUGUGAUAGUGCUUAUUUGAAAACCAAGCGAUGCAAAUGCUACCGUAAGUUGUAAAAUGCCAUCCCGCCGCAUUUUGGUAAGUUUUCUACCACCAAACCCAAGGGUCCUCCGGUUCACUGAUUGCGAAUAAACUGCUUAAAGCCAAAGUCUAAACUAAACGUUGUUUUAUUUCGCCGAUCCUAACUUAACGCUUAAGCCAUAUAUGUACAUUCACUAGAAUAGCAACUAGAUCAUCUGUCAAUUAUAUUAUGCCCACUAAACCCCAUGCUUUCGGUUUUCCUCGACUCUCGCAGAUACGGAGAUCAGUUUCAUUCGCAGCCAGAAGAAGAACGCCCAGCUGGUGUUCCGCAACUACAUCUACAACAAGAAGCUCACCCAGGCCAAUGGACAGACGACCUGGCGCUGUGCGGAUGUGCUCAAGCUGCGCUGCAAGGCGGUGGUCAUCACCCGCGACGGACACUUCAUCGACGCACGACGUCAGCACAAUCACGAGUCCCACGCCUCGAGGAUUGGCCAGCGACAACUGUAUAAGGUGGAGCAGGAACUGGAGGAGUACAUCGAGAUCUGCACGUCGAACCCAAAGAUAUCACAGUAUCUGGGCAGUAGCAACAUCAUUGUGACUGCCAAGGACGGCAAGGACUGCAAGUUGUUCCUGCCCGCUGCCGAGGCUACCGAGAUCGAGAUGCAGGCCCUUGUGGACGCCGCUGAGGAGGAGUUAGAUGAGGAGGAGCGGCAUGCAGAGGAGCGGAUCCGGGAUCGGCAACGGGUGGGCAGGUGGCGGACAGAAGAGGCCAAGCAUCGAUCCCUGCUGAAGAGCGAGCACCCCUAGGAGUUAUCAGCUAACACCUAAGCUAAUUAUUUAUCUCGAACCACGGAAGGAGUCGAUUUCACUUGGGAGUUUUUAACCAAUCUACAGUCAAUCAGUUGGAAAGUCUUUAUAAAGAUAAGAAAGCCAUAGCUGGUAUUAUUUUGGCUUAUUUUUAAAACCUAAAACUUUCCAGCUCUGUAAUAAUUAAUACAUAUUUAUUUUAAUAGUAAUACAUCUUUAUAUGUUAGUAAGUCAUGCAAAAAUUCACAAUUCCACAAGGCUCAAGACCAUUUUGCCCAAAGAAAUCGACCCGACCACUCGAAAGUAGAUUUUAAGCGACUUGUCUGAGUUCUGUAAACGUAUUUCAUACUUAGCUCCUAAUAAAUUAAGACCAAAACAAAAGAUGGAGCUCAUUGUGGACUGGGUAACCCAAUUGUUAUUAACCAAAUAUCUUAAGUGUAGACAACUGAACUAACGAUAAAAACUUCUUCUUUUCAGAGGACGAGCUGGUUUUUAUAGAGAGCCCCUGGUCGACGCCGUGCCUAGUGUUAAAUGGCUACAUGUACAACUGCCACAGUCGCAAGAGCAAUAAACAGUAUUGGCGCUGCCACAACUACUCCAAAAAGGCGCAUGAAAUGCGCUGUCGAUCUCGCUGCGUCCUGGAGAACGGACGCCUUAAGAGUGUGACAGGCGGACUACAUAACCACCAGCCGCACACGGAGAAGAUAGACAAGAUCAUUCAGCGUAACAAAAUGGCAGCGAUCGGCACAGGAAGAAAGCUCUCCAGGACGCACAGCUUCACACAGCUGCAGCUUCAGGAGCAGAAGCAAGAGUUCAUCGAUGAACACCAGUUGACUAGCGAUGCGGCCACAUUGCAGUUGACAGAUCAAGAACUGAUGCACGCCUCCAUGAUGCUCAUGCACGAAUAGAUUGGCUAUCCAACUGGUCUUGGCAGUGCAAUGUAGUUACUAAGUAACAGCUAUUAAAAGUACAUAUCUAGGAAAUGGACUAUGUACACUUAUUUUCGAUAUUUUCAUCCUAGUUACCCGAAUAUGCAUUUUGAAGUGUCGAAUCGAGUUUAAUUUGAAGUUUAAUGAAUAAGAUUGUGAAUAUAGCUGUAAGACCCCUGAGUUCGAUUAACCAAUGAAGGUUUUUUUAAGUUCGCAUAUGCUUUGCAAAUCCAAUUGUUCCAUUCCCUUGACGGCUAUGUGAUCAUGUGAAAUAAAGAUCUGAACUCAUGAAAGUAACCGAGCUUCGUUCUGAUCAAUUAGGAGGCGAGGUAUCGAAGAGUAGGCCUAGUUCCUGUCUCCAUUGACUAAUUGAAUACUUCUCUUUCAGUUCUCACCUACGACGAUAGAGGAAAAUUAGUCCACGAGGGAUUCACGUUUAGCUGUUACUCCAGGAAUCCCGGGAAAUGUCUGGCCUUCUGGCGCUGCUCCAUGUACAAAAAGAUGCACUGCACUUCGGCGCUGACCACUCACAUAAAGUCAAUAAAAUCAAUCCGAGGAUUUCACAAUCACAAGCCGCCGGAACGACUAAAGACAUUUGUUCCCAGAGUGCUCGAUUGCCCACCUCGUCCUCAUAAAGAGGAUUAUUAAAUUUUAAGAACCAUUAUAAUCUAUAAAAUUAGUUUGAUACUUUCCUCUAA